AUGCCAAAACGCACCCAUGCAACCGUAACGAGCAUAAUCCUCCUUCUACUUCACGUCCUUCCACAAAAUGCGGGUAUAAAAAUUAAGAGACUGAGCGAUGCAUUUAAUUUUAUCGAACCAGCCAUCUGGAAAGGCACCUCCAAAUAUGAAAUAAAUCCCAAUCUUCACCUUGUGCGGAGAAUAGAGAAAGGGAAUCUCCUUAAGAUAAGGAGUUCCCCAAAUGGAGAGCACACACAAGGUAGUAACACUUCAGCCAUUGGUGAAGAAAAUGCUCUGCUGGAGGAGCAGCACAGGGGGAAUAAUGUGGUGAACAAUCAUAAUCAUGUGUCGAACUACCAACAGGGGGAACCCCCCCCAAGGGGAAGCCCCCCCUUAGAAGGGCAAAAAGACAAAAGAGAGUACCUAAAUGGGGAAAUAUUAAACGAAGAAGAAAUAAAUGAAAACAUGAGGUUUCAGCAAUGGAGUGACCGAUUGCAAUUUUCGGAGGAAGACAGUUUCUGCUAUGACGUAGCACACGAGUGUGUUAGUACAAAAAAGUACUAUAAAAUAUAUCAGGUGAAUUCUAACUUUUACAAAAGGGAGUUCAUGUUGAGUGAAAGGUCUUCCGUGAAUUUGACCCCAUUUUUGAACAAGAGGGAGAGCGAACAGGCGUGUCAAUCGCUGACGAAAAAUUUUAGCGGAAAAAUGACGUAUGAUAUGUUCGUGGGGGGAAAGGGGGGUGCGUCUAGUGAGGCGGCAACAGGUGAAGCAAGCAGCUGUGACGAGAGGAGUGGAGGCUGCCCUUCCCAAAGUAGUUUAACGCAAAAUAGCGAAGCCGCUGGUGGAGUCUCUUACGAGGAAAUACCGCUGAGCGAAGAGCAAGUGGGGCAACUGUCCGACAUAAACUUCGCACUCCGGGCGAACAUGCUUUUCCCGACGGAGUCGUUACGCAGCUCCAUAUACAUUGGGAAGGAGGCGUUCAAUGACUUUCUCGAAAAGGGAACGGAGUCCAUCAAGUUAGCCAUGAACAAGCACUUGCAUCACUACUAUAGACACAACCUGAAGAGUAACUUGGACGACAAAAUCUUCCUCAUGUAUAUUCUGAGGUAUAUAAAAAAUUACAUUUUAAAAAUAGUAUACAAAACAUUCCAAGUUAAAUUAAGCAACGAAAUGGAGAUAGAAAAUGACUCCAAUGUACAGCCAAGUGGAAGCAACAAAAUUAUAAGUAGCGAAACGUACAUAGAGCUAGCAUCAGAAUUUGAAGAAAUCAUAAAUAUAUUAACACAUUUUAUUGAAAAAAUGAAAGAAAUGUUUAAAAUUCGAGAAAAAGAAUUGGAAGAUUAUUUGUCCAAGAGGAAGGAAAUUAUAAAUUAUUCAACUCCAUAUGUUUUACAAAAUAAUGAAGAAGCAGAAAAACAUAUUAUGAACAUGUGGAAUUAUUUUAAUUUUAAAAUUUUCAACAAUGAAUUGCCAAAUUUUGACUCCAUAAACUUCUUCUGGAUAACGGACAAAGUGGAGAAACUGAAAAAAAUUCCAAAUAUGAAAAUGUACAGAAUUGGAAAUAAGCACUUUUUAAAUUUACCCAAUGUUAUGUUCCACUGUGCUUUGAAAACGUCCCCCCUUUUAUUAAAUUACACCAUCUUAAAGGUCAUGUAUGAGUAUCAGAAAUUAUUGUGUGUGGAUAUUUUACCUUUUAAGGAAGUAAAGAAUUAUAAUAUGUCCAAAAAAAUUGAUGAGAAGAAACAGAAAAUUAUCAAGUUCGUUCAUGGGAUUGCUGGUUUAUUGGAGAAUAUGGACUUCCAUUUUUAUGCGCCCUAUUUGGGGGACCUCAAUUUGGACAACGAGGAGGCAGCCAAGUUUUACUCCUACGUUAAGGACAUCAAUGGGGAUGACAGGAAGAUGUUCCGUCCUUUGGAAUACAACAAGGAGCUUUCCUUUUCCCCGGGGGGGGACAACUUGGAUGACAACAAUGUGAACACCACUAAUGUGAAUGGCACAAACGGGGAAGUGGCCAACCGGGAAGUGACCUACCGGGAAGUGACCAACCGGGAAGUGGCAAACCUGGAAGACUUUCCCCCGGAUGGUAUCCCCCUGGAUGAUGACGAGCCCGACCAGGACGACCUCACAAUGCUGCUCCUUAAGUCGAACGCCGUCAGCGAUAUUAAUCGAGCCAUCCAGUUGGCCACCAACGUGUACAGGAAGAAAAACGUCGGGCACCUGUGGGGUAGCCCUGCGGACGUGACAAGCCCAGAAGCGAACGAAGCAGAAGUGAGGAACGCGCUAAGAGUAAGAGCAGACACUGGUAAAACCAACGCAGGGACCCCUCACCAAUUGAAGGAGAACAGCCCAGCAUUGCAACGGUUCAGAAUACCGCUGAAUGAAUUUGCGUCCUCCCUCUUCCUAUGCGAUGUGAACAACUGCACGAAACUUCUAACACAGGGGAUCGAAAAAUUGAAGCAGUUAAAAGAGUUCGACUUAACCUACGUACAUAACGCCCUGACGUAUGCGUGCAUGCGGUUUUUACACGAAAGCGGUAACGAAAAUGAAGAUGUGGAGAGCCUUUUAAAAAAGUAUGAAAAAAAGGAAAAGGUAGAAACGACCAACAAUAUUAUGACGCUGCAAAUGAUGGUGGUCAUAGGGGAACUCUUCCGAAACAUCAGGAAAGCGAGGACCAAGGAGAAGUACUUUUUUAAAAGAAUCCUACAGACAGACGUCAUUACAGAUAUAUACAAAGACGUCAGCGUGUACGAUGAACAUAUGAAUAUUAACAAAAUGGAUUACGUGAUGAAUAAUUUGAAAAUUGCAUACCCUAUGAAAAGCAACAUUAUGUUGACGCGAAAAAAUAGAGAAGAGAUUGCCUACUAUUUUUUGAACUACUACACCAAGUACCUUUUCCGUUUUGAUUUGCCAAACAAUGUUGUAAUAAAAUUUACGGAUAAAAUAUCUGGGCUAAGUUUUUACGAUUACAAUUUUGACUACGUAUCGAAUGAUGUGGUCAUUUAUAUACACAACGAUGUUACUAACUCGUUCGUGCUGUCCAGGGUCAUCCUAGACGAAUGCCUGAACGUGUAUGAGAAGUACACCACGUAUGUGCACAAGUAUGGCGGGAAUACAGAUAGCAACACGGUCAAGGAGGCCAAGAGCAAGCUAAAAAAGGAGGGGGAUCCGAACGAUGAGGCAACCACGCAGGGAAAUAGCAUUGAAAGGAAAAAUGAUCAGUCAAGAAGUAACCAAUCAAAGGAUGACGCCAAGUGGGAGGAGGAAGUUCUGGAAGAUGAAGACCCAGACGAGGAAGAAAUGAAUAACCUAGAUGCGGAAGAGGAGGACAUCGACGCAGAUAAUAUCAACUUGGACAACAUCAAAGAGGUGGAUAGCAUAGCAGAAUCGUCAACCGAGGGUGACGCAGAUGACCAACCUGUGGACGACGAACAUGUGGAUAUCUUCAACUACGCCAAAAUAAAUCGAAUAAAGCAGUUCAUUCGGUUUGUAGUCGAAUACAACCAGUGGCCCUUCUUCCUAGAUGAGACGAUCAACCUGGAUUCGUACCUAAACGGGGAAGAGCUAGACAUGCUAAAGAACGUAAAGCAUUAUAACAGCCUAAAUAACUUUUUCGUAAAACUGAAAGAAGCAAACAUAGACAAGAAGCGAAUCAUGGAAAUUAUACAAAGUGCCAUAAAAAGGGAGGACUGCAAAGACACAUGGGAAGAGAAGAAAAUCCCCCUCAAACAUAUCGUCUCUGCAUUAUUCACAAAUAACUACAUUAAUCUAUUUAAGGUUUUCCAAAGAGGCAUAAAGGUGCUACUAAAUAUGAACCUAGAUCAAAUUGACCUAAUUAUGAACAAGUGCAAGUAUGCAUGCGAAAUUGUUUACUAUAAAAGACUGGAAGAGCUUAAGUCAUCCAACAAUAAUCUCAUUUUUACCAUGUACAACGAGAAUGUAAGUUCGAUAGAAUAUUAUUUUGACAAGCUAAAGGAGAAAAUUAUUUUAAUCAGCUUGAUUAAGAAGGAGGAUAUUUUUGGCACGCUCAUCAAUUUGAUAUCUGGCAUUUUCCCCAACAAGACUAAAUCGGAGAGCGAACUUGAAAAUACCACCAAGGACACAAAACCGAAGGAGAAAAUUGACGAACUCAUUUUCCUAUAUGACCCUGAGAGGAAGAAGUGUGGCUCCACAACGGAGUUAAACAGAUCCACCGUUACGCAGAAUCUGUUUCACUUUUUCAACAAAGAAAUAUUUGAAGGUAAGAUAAAAAAUGUCCAAAUUGAGUUUGUCAAAAAUGAUGAAACACUUUCCACGCAUUUGAAUUUUGUUAACUCUUUUGAAAGUCCCAAAAUUUUAAUCAAUGAAAAUGUCUAUUCAGUUACCAUUCUGGCGAACGUACUGCUGAAAGAAAUGGCCGAAAUUUUCUACUUUUAUAAUGAGAACAAAAUCGAGAGGGAAAAUAAACUUUACUUGAAGAAGGACUUCAAGAGCGCCUACCUGCCCGUCGUUUUUAAGUAUGCCAAAUGUUUCCAGGGCGGGGAGGAUAAUAAAACGCCCUUCGACUUUGGGGAGGAACACACAGGGGAUAAGCAUCCACAGGGGGAACACCCAGAGGGGAAUCAAAACGACGAAGUGGUGCCCCUUCCAAGCCAAUUAACCACCCCGGGUAUAAGCGCUUCCCCCCCGCAGAAAGAACAACUCAUCGCCGAGAAGGACAAAAUGGACAUCGACAACCUGAUCGACCGAAUCGCAAACUACAACCAUGAAGAAAUGUUCAAGGAAAUUUUAGAAUUCCGAAAGGAGAAAUAUAAUGACAAAGCAGAGGUGCAAAAGUGUCUGGAGGAAUAUCUAUACACGUACGACAAGUUGAAUACCAUUAAGUACGGCACACCUGAGGUGAGUGAGAAAAAAGAAAAAAGUGAACAAUCGGAUGACACCGCUACGGCAAGUACAGACGCUGCAACGUCAGGUGUGGACCCUGCAACACCAGGCACGGACCCCGCAACGCCAAGCAUGGACCCCGCAAUGGAAUUAUAUUUCGAACCAAACGACAUCAAAAGUAUUUACCUCAAUUAUAUGUAUAAAUACAUCGAAUACGUGAUUAAAAAGAAGGAAUUCCCCAUUGCAUUUAACGAAAUAAACGAAGAAUGGAUUAACGCUUUGACGGAGCUGGAGAAUCAAAAAAUUUUGGUCUACUCCACAAAAAAUAAUAGUGGACAUUUGUACGAUUUACUCAUUAAUAGCAAAGCCUGUUCGUCGAAGAGGGCCCUGGAAAUUCUAGAACGUAGCUUACAAAAAAGGAACAGCGAGGACGACCUGGUGGAGAGGACCCUAUCUCGCAGUGAAGACAACGAUGCCAUAAAAAGCUUCGAUGAAUUCGUCCUGUGGAUAAAUAAAAAUAGGAGAAAAAACUUCGAAAAGGUAGACCCCCAGGAAAUAUUAAAUGCUGAUGCCCCUGAAAAUGCGAACGAAGAUAUUAAGGACGUUAUAAAAGAGUACAAUGCUCUAUACGACGCCAAUGCUACGAGGAACUUAGACCCCAACAGCGUUACUGUUGACAAUUUAAAAGAUUUGGUGAAGAAGCACAACAUUUCGAAGCAGGAAAUACUGUCUGCCAUGAGUCAGCUGGACAUGCCCGAUGACUUCGACGUCGACUCGUUGUACAAGUGA